UCUGCAUAUUAGUUUAGUCGGCGUUUCUGGUAGAUAUUAAAUAAGUGCGUGCUGCCGUUGCAAUUGACGGAUUAUAUAAGGCGUUUGAGCCGCGGCUGCAUUGAUUUUCCAUUGACAAAUGGCGCGUCUCGUCGAGAGCAAUCGGAAGAUCUUUUGCUAUUCUCUUGGCCAAAUGCCUCGGUGGUUUUGCAUUGCCGUUCAUCGUUGGUCAACAGUGAUGGAUACUAUUUAUUCAUGUUCUUAGAGAGCUCUGAAUAUGGCAAGUACCUUUCCACAGCAAAGAUGUGGCGUACAUUUUACUAGCAGCAUUUGUACCUUGCCUAGUUAUAGCCAAAACUUGUAUCAUUCCCAUCACUGUUGGCCAGUGACGUCGACGGUUUAAGAAUAGAGAUGAUGUCGGCCUGGUGACUGAAGAAGAUGAGUGAUGCGGAUCGUCUGGUGGCCAAUCUGCGCCGGGUGCCCGUCCGUCUGCCGAAGGAAAUGGAGGUUCGCCAGCUGUGCCGCUCCCUGAGUGACUUGCUUGCCGGAGAGUCCAAUCUGCUGAGCCUGCAGAGUCCGCAGAUCGUGUGCGGCGACAUCCACGGACAGUUCCAAGAUCUGCUGCACCUGCUGGAUCUGGGCGGUUCGGUUGGCGAACAUAGCUACUUGUUCCUGGGUGAUCUGGUGGAUCGAGGCAAGAACAGCGUGGAGACCUUCCUGCUGCUGGCUGCCCUCAAAGUCAAAAAUCCCGGGCAAGUGAGCCUGCUAAGGGGCAACCACGAGUGCCGCAGUGCCACUCGGUCCUACGGAUUCUACGAGGAGUGCCUGGCCCAGUAUGGUUCUGCAAAUGUCUGGAGGAUGUGCUGCCGAGUCUUCGAUCUCUUGCCCCUGGCGGCGAUUAUCGAUGGGAAAAUCUUUUGCGUACAUGGCGGACUGUCGCCCCAAAUCCAGCAGUUGGAUGAGUUUCACAAGCUGGAUCGCUUUCACGAGAUCCCCGAAAGCGGCUGUAUAGCGGAUCUUCUUUGGAGCGAUCCCCAUGAAGCAUCCGGGUGGACUGCAUCGCCACGCGGACAUGGACAGCUCUUUGGCAGGGAUGUGGUGGAGGAGUUUAACCGGAGGAAUGGAAUCUCUCUCAUAUGCAGGGCACAUCAGUUGGCAGCUGAAGGCUUUCGCUGGCAUUUUGGCCAACAGCUGGUUACCAUCUGGUCGGCACCCAACUAUUGCUAUCGCUGCGGCAACAAGGCGGCCAUUCUGCGUCUCAAUUCAGUCGGGGAUUACGGUUUUGUAGUGUUCGAGGCGCAGGCGCUGCACACCAAACCGCAGCCAAAGAGACCGAAAAAGCGGUGCCGUCAGUUUUUCCUAUGA